AUGUCAUGUGCCAGUGCCACUGGUGGCCCACGCUCUCUAAUUACAUGACAACAGCCACAGCCAGGAGACAAUUCACCUACCAGCAGGGGCGGACUGACAACUCAUGAGGCCCCCGGGCAAUAGGGGAUCAUGGGGCCCCCAUGUACUUGCCCAAACUCAAAAAAGCCUAUGAAAAAGGUACCAAGGGCAUCUCAUGGGGCCCCCUACUGACCCCGGGCCCUUGGGCAGUGCACGAGUUUCCAAAUGGUCAGCCCGCCCCUGCC